AAAGGCGUCGUCUAAGUGCCCAAAUUGAUCCAAUCGCAGAUCCAAAACAAGCAGCUAUAUAUGAAAUGACAGAGAAUUUUGAGCUGAUAGAUCUGUUCACUCUCCAUGAUCAGACAAACUUACUAUAGGUUCCAUAUGGCUUACAGGACAACUUGGUUCAGCAUGGAUUAUACGAGUGAUGCGGUCUACUUGUUCGAUAUGUUUGUGUCAUCGAGAAUUGGUUACAUCGAAAAUGGUUUAGUCAUCUAUGAUGUUAAAAAGCUGCUCCGGUAUUACAUAAAUUCGAAAUAUUUCAGAAUAGAUGUAAUCAGUGUUCUGCCAACAGAUCUCCUUUAUAUUGUUUUUGGUACCAGUGCUACGAUGGUUCGUCUCAACCGCUUGAUGCGACUUUAUCGUAUGAGACAAUUUUUUGAUAUUCUGGAAACACGUACUUCAUUUCCAAAUUUGAUCCGCAUUAUUCACAUUAUCGUCUACGUCACACUUCUUAUCCACUGGAAUGCUUGCCUUUACUAUGCUCUCAGCGCGUGGAUUGGUCUCGGUAAAGAUGCCUGGGUCUAUCCAAAUGAAGUGAUAAACUUCGAUGUAUUACCAAAAGAACACCCGUAUUUAACCAUGCGACACCAAUACCUCAUGCCUUUGUGGUGGUCAAUGCAAACAUUAACCACGAUCGGUGAGACACAGCCACCAGUGACAAUUAUUUCAUACAUCUAUGUUAUCAUAGCUUUUAUGUUCGGAGUGCUCAUAUUUGCUUCUAUUUUCGGUAACGUGGGUGCCAUGAUCAACAAUUCCAACUUAGUCAAAGAUAACUUCCGCACACGUUUAGACGGUGUCAAACGCUACAUGCAAACACGCCAGGUCGACUUCGAACUGCAGACACGAGUGUUGAAGUGGUUUGACUACACAUGGGAAAAGCGCCAGAUCAUAGACGAAAAUCUAUAUGUACAAUGCCUUCCACUAAACCUUCAAACUGAGAUCGCUAUGCAAGUCCAUUUGGAAACUUUGCGAAAAGUUCGAAUAUUUCAAGAUUGUGAACCUGGCCUUCUUCAUGAGCUGGUACUGAAACUUCGUCUUCAAGUGUUUAGCCCGGGAGAUUUUGUUUGUCGUAAAGGUGACAUAGGAAGAGAAAUGUACAUCGUAAAAUCUGGGAAACUUCAAGUCUUGUCUGAAGAUUUAUCAGUAGUGUUCAAAGAAUUUGGUGAAGGUGAGUCUUUUGGAGACCUCAGUGUUCUAACAAUUCCUGGAAAUAAAUAUGGUAACAGAAGGACGGCUACUGUGCGCAGUAUCGGCUUCACAGAUUUAUUCAGUUUAUGCAAAACUGAUUUGCUCGCAGCUCUAGAAACUUACCCAGAAGCUAAAAAUAUCUUGAUAGAGCGAGCUAGUGAGAUCUUAAGAAAGGAAGGUGCCCUUGAUGCUGAGCUCGCCGACAAAGUAGCCAGAGAGAGUCACGAAGCAAAGCUAAAUUCCACAUUACGCGGUGUUCGCAAACUGAACAUGAAAUUUGACAAUAAUACACAGGAACAAUUAAAGAUGGAAAAUAUGAUUGUAUCCAAAAUCAACGAUAUGAUUGAAGUAUUGUCGGAGAUACGCAGGAUUAUGUUGUCAACGCCAGAAGAUGCUGGAAAUGUUCAAUAAGCGACAGCGAGUGACUAAUAAAAUCAGGGUUUACAAAGUAUGUCGCUAAAUUUUAAUCUAAUUUCCUUGUAUUUACAACCAAUUAUUAUUGAGCAGUUAUUCAAUAAUAUGACUUGUGUAUCUGCCAAGAUAUCAUUCAAAAUAUAUUGGAGGAAAAAAUCAAGAAGGAAAAUCUACAAUCUAAACUGCAAUUGUUUUAAUCGCUUUACUUGUAAUAACGAGACGAUUGCUUAAUUAUAGUCACAGUUU